CGCCGCCGGGCCGCCCCCCGGGCCUGCGCUCCCGGCUGCCGAGAGGCCCGUUUCCGGUGGGGCCAGGGCGUCUCCGCGGCGGUCCACUCCCGCGCUCAGCACCGCCGGCGGCGGCAACAUGCAGGCGGAGCGCGGACCUCGGGGCAGCCGGGGGCGGCGGCCCGGGACAGAACGGGCCGGAGCAGCGGCGGCGCUGGCGAAAGGCGGCGGGGACGGAGGCCCCCGGCGGGGCCGAGGUCGGGGUUUCCGCGGCGGUCGCGGAGGCCGAGGAAGAGGCGCCCCGCGGGGCGGCCGGCGAGAGCCAGUGGAUUGGGGCGCCGGAGUCAGCGCACCGGUUGAAGAUGACAGUGAUUCAGAGACCUAUAGAGAAGAGAAUGAUGAACAGGGAAAUUAUUCUAAAAGGAAAAUCGUCUCAAACUGGGAUCGAUACCAAGAUACUGAAAAAGACAUCAAUGAUGAAAGCGGAGAAUCACAGCGCGGAACAGACUUCAGCGUCCUCCUGAGCUCUGCAGGGGACUCCUUCUCACAGUUCCGAUUUGCUGAGGAGAAAGAAUGGGAUGGUGAAAUUAAAAGUCCAAAACAGAAUUCAGCACUUUACGUGGACAGCGAGUCCCUGGUUCAAGCCCUUCAAGAGCUGCCUCUCUCUGUCCGACUCAAUGUUGCUGCCGAGCUGAUCCAGACCACAGUUCCCUUAGAGCUUCCACAGGCGAAACCAAGGAGAAAUGAUGAUGGCAAAGGGUUGGGCAUGCAGUUAAGGGGGCCCAUUUCUGAGCUGAGAUCUGCUGGCUGUCCCAGGUCUCUGGGCAAAGACAGUCUAAGACCAGACCUCCUAGGAGGGUCCCAGAAACCCACCUCCCGACCACAGUCAGCAACAGACCAUCUGGAAGAAGAACUCGAUCUGUUGCUGAAUUUAGAUGCACCUGUGAAAGAGGAAGAUCAUGUCUGUCCAGACCAGACAUCUGAGGACGUGGAAUCUGAGACAGAAGGGCAGGUGAUCCUGGAGGAAAAAGUUCCUGAAAACCCAUCUGUGACCAGCGAGAGGAAUGUGGAAUCUGAGCAUCCAGUCACAUCCAAACCUGUCACUGACGAAGAGCUGGAAGACUGGUUGGACAGCAUGAUCUCCUGAAAAAUAUUAAGAAAAUGUGCCUGAAGCAAAUUUUGGUUGCCUUCCAAGUCAGGGCAGGCGCUAGGCUGCCUUUGAGAGUUGGCUAAUCUACCAGCAUAUCCCAUGCUAGUGUGCACCAUUAUGCUUAUAGCGGCCAAUGCCUACCUCCACAUUUGACAGCAUCUGAAUACAUGUAUGAGGCUUCAAUUCUUUUGUUUUCUGGUUUGUAAUCUGGUAGAUUUCCUUAAGGGAAGGGGAUGGAUGUCCCAGCUGUGUUUCCAGCCGCCUUCUCAGUGUUUACAGCAUAGCAGGUGCUGCUGAUUAAGAGCAUACACACAAGGCAUGUGUUUGCACAAAAUAAACAACCCCUGCUCUGUGA